GUAAGAUCAGAUUCCCUUUCCACCGGCUAAAGCUGUCACCAGCACUGACUUUCGGAAUUGGAGACAGAAGAAGAAAAAGAACCCAGGUGCAGGACUCCACGUCCAUCUGGUUCACACUUUUGCACAAGGGACAGCUUGUUGCAUGUACAGGAACACAUCAGAACUGCUGAUUUUUUUUUUAUUCCUAGACACUGCCUGGACCUCUGGAUAAGAAGAUGGAGAUCAGCAGCUGAGGGAGCAGUUUAGCAAGUCUUGCUUUGCACAGCAUUUUGGGGACAUUCCUCGCUAGACAUAUCUAGGCUAGGUCUACCGGAUCUUGACCUAUCCAGUUGUUAUGUGCCAUAAUAAGAGGGCUGUAGCCAUGUGCUAAGAAGUCUACUUAGAGUUUCGAAGGGUCUACAGGUCGAAGAAUGGCUGCUAAGUCGUAUUCUUAAGUCAUAAUCGCUUUUUCGGCAGAUACAAGAUAUGUUUGCUUUUGGGCUACCUUCAACUCAAGCCAUGUCUCAGACAGAAGUGGAUUUGGCAGGUUGUGGCAUCUCCUUUGCCUCGGUUCUGCCGGAAGAUCCUGCUGAACUGUCCACUCUGGCAGCCUUGAGGAGAAGAAGACUUUCCGGCAAGGAGCCUAGAAGGAAUUCUUACCAAUUUAACCGGAGAAGCUCUGCCCAGUUAGAACUGUUGGGUUACGACCCGCCGGGAACUUCUUUCUCGUCAUGGUCGCCGGAGGAGCCGUUAACGUUGGAAGAGAAAGUGGUCUCUAUUCCGGAGAACUCUACCGCUUUUAUCAAUCCGCCGACGCAAAACGCUCCGGCGGAUGUCGUGCCGUCUUCGGGGACACUGGCCAGCAUUGCGGACAUCAGCUCCGAGUCCGAGGACGAAGCCAACAGGACUUCCCGACCUUCGGUUCCUGCUCCCAAACUGGUGGCGGCCGAGGCCAGGAAGGAGCAAGAAGAGAUCGACGAGAACGAGACCAAAGCCGUGGCCACCUCGCCCGAUGGGAGAUACUUAAAAUUCAACAUUGAGAUUGGAAGAGGGUCUUUUAAAACGGUUUACAAGGGUCUGGAUACGGAAACCACGGUGGAAGUGGCGUGGUGCGAACUUCAGACCAGAAAGCUGACUAAAGCCGAGCGCCAGAGGUUCAGCGAAGAAGUGGAGAUGCUGAAAGGUCUGCAACAUCCCAACAUUGUCCGCUUUUACGACUCCUGGAAGUCCAUAGUAAAGGGGCAGAUAUGUAUAGUCCUAGUGACGGAGCUGAUGACUUCUGGGACGCUGAAGACUUACUUGAAGAGAUUCAAGGAAAUGAAACUGAAGGUUUUACAAAGAUGGAGCCGUCAGAUCCUCAAAGGCCUGCACUUCCUUCACACUCGCUGCCCGCCUAUCAUUCAUCGCGACCUUAAAUGUGACAACAUCUUCAUCACGGGGCCCACAGGCUUUGUGAAAAUCGGGGACCUAGGCCUUGCCACGUUGAAGAGUGCCUCCUUUGCCAAGAGUGUUAUAGGUACCCCAGAAUUUAUGGCCCCGGAGAUGUAUGAAGAGAAGUAUGAUGAAGCCGUCGAUGUCUACGCCUUUGGGAUGUGUAUGCUGGAGAUGGCCACCUCCGAGUACCCCUACUCUGAAUGCCAGAAUGCUGCUCAAAUAUACCGCAAGGUGACCUCAGGCAUGAAGCCAGACAGUUUCUAUAAAGUUAAAGUCCCAGAGCUUAAAGAGAUCAUCGAGGGCUGUAUACGCAUGAACAAGAAUGAAAGAUACACCAUCCAGGACCUGCUGGAACACUCUUUCUUUCAAGAAGACACUGGAGUCCAUGUUGAACUGGCUGAGGAGGACGAUGGACUUAAACCAGCCUUGAAGCUUUGGCUAAGGAUGGAUGAUACCAAAAAAUUGCAUGGCAAAUACAAGGACAACAACGCGAUCGAGUUCCUGUUCGACCUUUACAAAGAUGUUGCUGAAGAAGUGGCUCAGGAGAUGGUGGUUCUCAACUUUGUUUGUGAAGCCGACUACAAAAUUGUAGCAAAAGCUAUCCGAGACCGGGUACUGGCCAUAAAACGAAAGCGAGAAAAGGUGCGGCGCGCCCAAGAGGAGCUCAAGAAGAAAGAGGAGGAGAAGCAGCAGAGCAUUCUCAAGCUUCUCGAGCAGCUGAGAGGCCCUCAGAGCACGACAACCAUUACUACUCCAGAAACGGCACUGAGUCCUACAUCCUUACCAAUGACUACAGACUCUGCUGAAUCGGUCAGCAAUGGUACAUUCCUGCCUGAACCAGAGGAACCGGAGGCAGACCAGCAUCAUCCGUUCAACUUCCGACAUUCUUGUUACUCUUCUGCUACAUCGGACUGUGAGACAGAUGGGUACCUCAGUUCUUCUGGCUUUAUAGAGGCUGCAGAUGGCUCCCAAAGACCCUCAAGUGAUGCCUCUCAAGAAGAUCCCAAUAGCCCCCCAAGCACCCAGCCAGAGAUAUGCUUUCCUGGGAGCAUUGCUGUAAGUGUGAAUUCAGACCUAACGCCUCCUCUUGGACUUCCCAGUGACAUCUCUUCUCCGGUGGAUAGUUAUGCAUCAGAUGUGGCCUCAGGGCUGAGUGACGGCUGUGAAGGCUUCUCGGCUGGAGAACGGAAGAUCAAGUCUCCCGUGAAGAAGACACCUGCAAAACUUCUGAGACGUAAAGCGCGGUCGAGAUUACGUAUAAUUAAUAUAUCAGAUAAGAGCGACCGUGUAGUAGAGUGUCAGCUGCAGACCUACGAUGGCAAAAUGGUCACGUUCAAGUUUGACCUAGAUGGCGAUAACCCUGAGGACAUUGCAGCUGUUAUGGUAAACAAUGAGUUCAUUAUGCAGUCCGAACGGGAGAGCUUCACCAAUAGGAUCAAGGAUAUCAUCCACCGCGUGGAGACUCUGCUGAAGAAAGAAGCUAAUGGAGACCGAGAAGACGACCUUGAUAGGCUAUCUACUGGCCCAUGCACUUCAUCUAUGCCCAAUUUACAGGCUGAUCUUCAACUUCAAGAGUUAUCUCGUUCCUUCUCCUCUUCUUCGCUCAGCGAUUUAGUUUGCACAAGUCCUAACAAAGGAAUUGGUUCUCCCGGUCAUCUCUACCAGAGCAGUCCUGUUCUAGACAAUGAUGUGUUUGCCACAGCUGGACCUCUUGCGGGCUCACCAGACCUUAGGUCGAAAUCUCUCCCUCCUGCUAUGACCAUAGGCUCUCCAAUGUCAGCCAGCAGAACUUGGCCUUCCUUCGAAACACCAUCCAGUCCAGCUGUACCAUUCUCCACAAGCUAUUCCAUGCCGUCUUCUCACACCUUCCCACCUACGACGUACAGCUCCAUGCAUAGUGGCAACUUCUUUCCUACUUUACCCCAACACUUGAUGCCUUCUUCAUCAGCAGGACAUAUGGGCUCCCAAAAUUCCCAAUUUUCCAACAUGAUCAAUUCUUCUGUCAGCCAUGGAAAUGCUUUGCAACACAUGCUGAAUAGUGGAAUGGUGCCACAGACUAUGACUAACGCUUUAGUGUCUAAUGUUCCACCAGCCACCCAAUGGUCUGCAACGGCGCCUAUGUUUUCCUUGGCUAAUGUCUUAUCCCUGGCAAUGAGCAUGGCCCAAACCUUGUUACCGGCAUCAAACGCUACAACGCAACCUCAAGGGAUGCCUCCUGCCUUUCCCCAACACAUGUCUGGACACCUCCACAAUCCACUCAUGUAUCCAUCAAGUUAUUCUCAACCUCAAAGUCCAGUCAAAGAUUUCCAUGGUCAGUGCCCUUAUGUAUACCCCGGAUCCCCUCAUACCAGUGGGAUGUAUGCUCAGAACAUGCCAGGCCAAACUUUUUCCAAUGUGGGUGGAAAUUUCUCGCAGCCUUUUUCGCCCCCUGAUUGUGUGCCACACGGUGGAAUGUUUCCUCAGCAAGUGCCAUCGACGACAUGCAUGCCCGGGUACCUUCAACAACCCACUCAGCAGCUGGAAGUGCCGCCCUCUCCUGGGAUUGUCAAGGACUUGCCUGAGCUGCAGCCAGGUUUAGGGGGCUUCAACGAAGUGUCUUCAUCCCCUCCUGGAAGUCAGGUUUCAGAAGCUACUGGAUGUGUGGUGGGACAGACCAUGAACAAACCUGUACAAGCUCUCUCACCUGUGCCCCAACUGACCCCUGAACCAAGUGCCAUCUCUAAUGAGGCCCAGCCCAAAGUUGUGGGAAGAUUCCAAGUCACGACUACGAAAGACCCAGCUGAAAAUGACGCAGCGUGGAGCCUGAGCAGCAGUCCUGAGGUUUCUCAGACGUCAGACACCACCCCCGAGCAGUACGAUACGGCUUCCUCCGAUACAGACUUCAGCACAGAUGAGAAGACCGAGGAGAAUUUCUCCGAGCCGGAAAGGCUUACUCCCAAUGGUAACAUGGACAUAGCUGCAUGGCCAUUGAGCUGCUCCGAAUCUGACACUUGCAGCCAGGAUCAGGGGGAUUAUUGUGACGACAGGGAAGGCUUCACCCCGGUCGGUAAUGAUGUAGAUACAGCGGAUGUCUACACUGUCCUCAACAACAAUACCAUAACCCAAGAUGGCUGCCCGGAUAACUCCGUCAAUGACGGCCUUAACCAAAAUGGCAGUGUUAUGAAUGGAGAAAAUGCUGUGGACAGUAGUAAAGUGAUAGCAGUAUGUGAUGGGAAGGAUGUCGACACCAGGUCUUCUAGCGGGGACGAGAACUCAGAGAAGUCCCCUCAGCAGAUCUCCACAGUCCAGGUGUGGCUGCACUACACCAGAGGGGUCUCCUAUGUCAGCAGUGAUGACACCGAGAGUGAAGAUGAGGAGAUCUUCGAGGAACUUCAGCAGCUUCGACAGAAGCACAUGUCUGAAGUGCAGCUAUUACAAGCUCUGCAGAAGAAGGAGAUUGAGGAGCUGUAUUAUAGGAUGGGGAAAGUGCCUCCCCCGGGGAUCGUGUCUCCAGCGGCCAUGCUCUCCAGCCGACAGAGGCGACUCUCUAAGGGAAGCUUCAACCCGUCAAGAAGAAACAGCCUACAGAGACUAGAACAUCUCCCAGCAACUGGAAUUAGGAAGAAUUCACUUGGAGGAAGCAGCACAGGGUCACAGGAUCAGCGUCCAAACAAAGGGGUCACAUUUACAGGGGAUGUAACACGAAUGGUGACUACCGGAGGAUUUCACAGCGAUGCAUGCGACCAGGACAAUAAAGGGAAAGUAAAGUAAAGUCUUCAAAUCACCAAAAACACUUGAAGAUGCGGCGAGAAAAACAGACUACCUCAGCAGACCUUUGUUGCCGUCUUCUGCUACGUGAUGGCUUCAGUGGUUGAGACUUGUUGAGAUACAUUCAUUGCUGCGGAGCGAUGUGCGAAAGUGCUGAGAACCAACUGCGCAUUAAAGGAAAGGAUCUGCACCUUGCCACGAUGGAUAUCGCCCAACCAAUGGGCGUCACGGACCAUGGCUGCCUCAGUGACUGCUUUUUGUUUCGUCCUUUUCUAUUAGAGACUGUCUCAUCUUAUUGUUCCGCGUCGAUGUUUCCAUAAGGACGUAGCAAGGUUUCUCACAAAAAGUCCUUGUGAUGCGCGAACCUAUUGGAAACGGCACUAGGACAUGUUGUUGGCUUUGGUUAGAUGUUCUCUCUUCUUAGAGUUCCAUGACCACGCACUUUGGACUUCUUCAGAGCUGAAAUCUGAAAAGUCACCUGCCAACACUUUUUUUGCCAUUUGUUUUUUUUAUUUCUUAUUUUAAAGGGGUACCCCACUGGCCAGCGUUCGGAACUAAAUGUUCCGAAUGCUGUUUUUGCGCUGCGGGGGUCGGCCAUGC